GCGGGAGGAGGGGUUGCCAUGGUAGCGGUUGAGUCCGAAUCCUAGCCAAGCCGGGAAGGUGCGGGACGGAGGUCGGCCUCUGGGAUGGUGUGAACCCGGAGGGACGCGAUCUUUCCUGCGGGGGCUGUUGCCAACAGGAAACCUUGGCCUUACUGUCCUGUUGCUGAGAUGGUACCACCCAAGAAGGGGCUACAACAACACGGUUCCCAGAAAAUUGCCCAGCCUAAUUUGAGGCCUCCAUCAGUCAACUGGAAUAUAUUAGCAGGAAGAACUCAGUGCAUAGCACCUGUUGGGGCCUGGGUGGAGAGCGCCCAAGAUAAUGGAGAAGAGAGCCCAGUUUUUGCUACAGCUAUUCAGAUUGAAAAAGAAUACAAAGAACAACAAAAAGAAAAAGAGAAAACACUGAAACAUUUUCAGCAGGAGGUAAAACGCAGGGUGAACCAAUGUGUUAAUCUAAAGAGGAAACAACAGUUGAAGACAUCUUACGAAGCUGCCCUGAAAGAAAGCUCUGUUAUUAUAGGAUUUUCAGAUUCUGCUUUGCAGUUGACCCCUAAGAAAAAUACAUGUCUCUACAGAUAUACCAGAGAUUCUGCUAUUGGCAAUUCUAAUGACAAAGUCACCUACGUACAGCAAGCUGAUUACAUGCCGGAGCAGUUCUCGGAGCUAGCCAAAACAGUAAGGAAAACGGUGCAACAGGUCCGUCACAAACUAGCUUCUCGAAAAGCUGUUCCAGAAGGAAAUGAACCUCCAGAACAUCCAGGAGGUGCUCAUCAAAAUCCUCCAAGAAGACAGCAAGCAGAACCUUGCAACAAAACUACUCUAAGCCCAAAAGAGGGUGAUAUGGGAGAACUUCCUCUGAAGGGACACCAUGAUCUUCCAGCUGAACUUCAAGAACAAGAGGUAGGAAAUUGGGACAACACAGAAUUUCAAAAAGUAAAUAGUGAUACCUUGAAAGAUAAUAAUCCAGCUAAUACUGAGACUCGUGCUGUUCAUAUAUUCUGGCCUGGAAUAGAGGAGGAACAAUCAAAGAAGCAGCACCAAAGCCAGUAUCUGAGGUAUAGGCGCCUCUUCAUGGAUAUCGAAAGAGAGCAAGUGAAGGAGCAGCAAAGACAGAAGGAGUGGCAGAGGAAAAUGGACAAAAUUAGGAAAGAAAAGGAGUAUCAGCGCCGUGCAGAGGAACAGAGGAUACAGGAGGCACAGCGAGCAAAGGAGAAAAGGACACAGGAGAUGGCGUCACAAAAAAAUGCUAACCCCAGGGGGAAAGCCUGUGAAAAACUGCAACAACUGAAACUGGAAGAGCCAGAAGAAAAGAAAAAAAUAGUGGAAAGAGUACAAAAAAAUAAAGAAUAUUCUAGAUAUGUGGAAGCAUUACGAGCCCAGAUGCGAGAGAAGAUUGACAUGUAUAAUAUACAUUUGCCUCCCUUGUGCUUUUGUGGGUCAGAUUUCUGGGACACUCACCCCGAUAGCUGUGCCAACAACUGUAUGUUCUACAAAAACCACAAAGUGUAUGCUCAGGCUCUGCAAAAUGUCAUCUCAUCUUGCGAUAUUUUGGACAGGGGCUCAAACACAAGACUUUCCGUCCAUACAUUUGCUGUUGUACAUGCUCGUUCUAAAAAUUCCUGACAGAAAAGAGUGAAAUUGUUGCCUCCUUCCCAACCCUGUCUGAAAGUAGGUGACUAUGAACACAUCACUUCUGAAUUUUCUCCCAGAUUGGAUUAAAAUAAAUAGAUUCAGAAGAGAAGUCUUCUUACAUUUCUUUACUUUUCUGAAAGUAAUAUUCUGUGUUUUAUUUUUUACAGGAUACUAAUUUGUCAAAAACAUUAAAUUCUUUGUUAUUUAUUCAUGGGUGGAAAAUGUUCUUAAAUCAAUUUUGUGCCCAGCCAGAGCUGUAUCUGUCAGCCUGUGAGAUUUCUUGUGCCCAAAGUUUAGGUCGGUUUUGUGCUUUGGGGGUGGGAUAUGUUAUUAAAAUACAUUCUGUCUCACAUUGAAUUUCAAACCAAGAUACCUGCUUCCUCCAAGAUUUGGUAGUGUAAAUUGUAAAAUGUAAACCUUGAUCUUCGGGAAAACUUUUGAAAGGGAUUACUCCAAAAGACCAGAACUGCUACUAAUCAUGACAAUGCUUAGUCAGCAUCAAGACAAGAUGAAGGAAUGUUCACAUUGAAAAAAUUGAGAAUGUAACCCAGUUUCUAGAAUAAAAUGAAUGAGUCUCCUGAACAGUACUUGUUUUUAAUUUGAUGUUGGGUUGGGAGUCUCUUGUUUGUGAUUUGCACAUUUGACAUAGGACAACUAAGAGUCUUGAAGUAAUACACAUUUCUAUGCAUUUUUAUUAUUUGGAUAUAUAUUUGAACAAGGAAUCCUCUGAACUAUAUUUAAAAAGUGAAACUUUAAAACUGAGUUUUUGGUAUAUAGUAUAUUGACUGAAGAGAUUGUUAUGUCAGCUUGUCCAAUUUUCAAGCUUUGCAGAUCUGUUAGAUAACCUGCAGACAAAGAGUUCUUUGCUCCUGACAUAUUCCAAUAAAAACGUUUUAUGUUUUAUA